AUGACAGGCUUCCCACAGAGCAACAGAACUUACCAGAUUCUUCACGCUGCUGCGAAGGGCGGCUAUGCAGUGGGCGCGUACAACUGCUACAACAACGAUGGAGUGAUGGCGAUGAUCCAAGCCGCAGAAGCGAACAACUCUCCAGCCAUCAUACAGCUCUUUCCAUGGACCCUUCACUUCCAGGGCGUCGAAUUCGUAAAAUAUGUGAUCAAUUUCGCACACAAGGCCAAAGUGCCCAUUGCGGUCCACCUCGAUCACUGCAUCAAGCCUGAAGAUGUCGAACUCGCGCUCAGCCUGGAUCCACCUUUCGACAGCAUAAUGAUCGACGCCUCAACGAGCGAGCCAGAAGAGAACAUCCGGACUUGCAAAGCGUAUGUCGAACGGGCGGUGGCGAAGGGAAUCUGCAUUGAGGCCGAGAUGGGGCGAAUCGAAGGCGGUGAAGAUGGACUGCCAAACGUGGACAUGGAGACCAUCAUGACCAACCCUGAUGAGGCCUCUCACUUCAUCAAAUCCACAGGAGUCCAUUUCUUAGCACCGUCUUUCGGCAAUAUCCAUGGAGGUUAUGGUCCAGGCGGGGCAGACAAGGCAUGGGAUCUGGCCCGGUUACAAAAAAUCCACGAGUUGAUACCUGGGACACCUUUGGCACUACAUGGAACGCAUCCUGUGAGCGAUGAGCUGUUCCACAAGGCAAUUCGGUGCGGUAUGGCGAAGGUCAAUCUGAACAGGAACGUGAGAGAUGGAUAUACGAAGUUCGUGGCGGAGAAUGCUGGGAAGCUAGAGUUGACUAUACUGAAGCAACAGGGGGUGGAAGUGUACAGGAAGGAUAUAGCAAGAGCGAUGGAUAUGCUAGGAUCGAGCGGAAAGGCAUAG